UCACAAGCCAGGACUGGAAAAUUACUGCACCAAUCGCCUCCUGGGGAUGGCACAUCCUAUUUGCAUAUGAAAUAGCAGACACAAGCACAGGGCACACAAAGAAACAUACACAGACUACAAACAAACAUGACCACAGUCAUAACAAAGACAAUAAAAGGUCCCUCUGGACCUGCAGAGCUGGGUCAUAGUUCUCUCUUGGUUCAUCACAAGGAACCCCUUUCAGAGUCAGUAAAAUGAUGAUUAGUAGUAGAAAUAAGAUCAGAGCUAUUUAAAAUACUAAAAUGAAAUCAACUGGCAUGUUGCUCUUCUGGACACACCCUCAUUUGUGAUGUCACAGGGGCACAGAAGCAUCUAUUUUAGGUGAGAAAUGGACUAUCAGUAAAAGAUAGAGUGCAGUUUGUGAACACCUGAACAAACUCCUGAACAACAAACACAAACUGUUUACGUCACACUGCCCCCUGCUGCACGCUCACAUCUUUAAAAGCAGGUGAGCACAUCCCGGAGACAGGUGAGCGCACGAGACACAAAACAGCUGGUUUUAUCAGCCUCAUGUACACACCGCCGCCAAGCCGGAGCCCAUUCACUCUCUAGCCGACACUGAGAGCCCGCUGUCGGGGACCGGCGGUGUCCACUGAGCGGUGCCAGGAUGCGGUGCCACAAGUUUUGGGGACCGUGUUCGAUUGGAUUUUAUAUUUGUGCGGCCAUGCUGUUCAAAGGGUCGCUGCAGGGAGAACACCAGAGGAGGCUGUACAAAGAGCUGCUGGCUAACUACAAUCGACUGGAGAGACCUGUGAUCAAUGACUCAGCCCCCAUCCUGGUGGAGCUGGGCCUCACACUGCUGCAGAUCAUAGAUGUGGAUGAGAAGAACCAAGUGCUGAUGACCAACGCCUGGCUGCAGCUGUACUGGACAGACAUCUACCUUAGCUGGAAUCCAGAAAACUAUCCUGGUGUCCAGAACCUGCGAUUUCCUUCAGACCAGAUCUGGACCCCUGACAUCCUCCUUUACAACAGUGCGGACGAGCGGUUCGAUGCCACUUUCCACACCAAUGUACUGGUGAAUGCAUCAGGUAACUGUCAGUACAUCCCCCCUGGCAUUUUGAAGAGCACCUGCUACAUUGAUGUGCGUUGGUUCCCUUUCGAUGUGCAAAAGUGUGACUUGAAGUUUGGCUCCUGGACACACAACGGUUGGCUGCUGGACCUCCAGAUGCUAGAUGUGGACACAUCAACCUACAUACCCAACGGGGAGUGGGACCUUGUUGGUGUGCCAGCAAAGCGCAAUGAGCUUUACUAUGACUGCUGUAAGGAGCCUUACCCCGAUGUGACAUUCACAGUCACAAUGCGCCGCAGGACGUUAUAUUACGGCCUCAAUUUGCUCAUCCCCUGUGUGCUGAUCUCCGGCUUGGCCCUGCUGGUCUUCUUGCUACCUGCAGACUCUGGGGAAAAGAUUUCUCUGGGCAUCACUGUGCUCCUUUCGCUCACUGUCUUCAUGCUCCUGGUAGCAGAGAUCAUGCCUGCCACAUCCGACUCUGUUCCUCUCAUCGCCCAGUACUUUGCCAGCACCAUGAUGAUUGUGGGAAUGUCUGUGGUGGUGACAGUUAUCGUCCUGCAGUUUCACCAUCAUGACCCUCAGGGAGGCAAGAUGCCCAAGUGGGUUCGUGUGGUUCUGUUGAACUGGUGUGCCUGGUUUCUACGUAUGAAACAACCGGGUGAUGAGCGCAAGCGGCCUGGUCCCAAGUACCGUCACGCCUCCCAGCACCACUCCAGUACCAGCUCCAUAGAGAUGGGCACUGUACCAAGCAUCAGUGUGCCCCUCUCUCAGACAUCCUGCCCACCUUGCCCCACAGGCACCUCCAAUGGUUCCAUGAGCCUCUACUUCAGCAACUACCAUCCCAUAGACAGCUCACACUGCCCACCUUCUAGCGACUCCGGGGUAGUGCUAGGAGGGCGCGCCCAUGGCUCCAUCGGUGAAGAGGCUGAGCCACCUGGAGGAGUUGGUGUCGGAGGCCUGGGGAUGGGAAUUGGAGGGGCAAUGGGCGUCAGCCCCCCACCAGAGAUCCAGCGCAUCUUGGAGGAGGUCUCAUACAUUGCGCGGCGGUUCCGGGACCAGGAUGAGGCUGAGGCCAUCUGCAGCGAGUGGAAGUUUGCAGCAGCAGUGGUGGACCGGCUGUGUCUGGUUGCCUUCUCUCUUUUCUCCAUCAUUUGCACCUUCACCAUCCUCAUGUCAGCGCCCAACUUCAUAGAGGCUGUUUCCAAGGACUUUACAUAGCUGGUUGCAGCAGCAGGCGAGAGAUUAGGGAUAAAGAAGAGAUUAAAAGAGAAAGAGGGUGGGGGGGAAGAGUGCAGUAUGUGGUCCCCAACCUACAGUCUGGCACCCUGAGGGAAAUUAUGAGAAAAAUGAUGAUAUGUCUGGGAACUCAAGAAAGUAAAUUGAGGACUGUUGCUCUGCCAAGCUGCUGAUUCAUGUAGCCAAUUGAAUCAAUCAGGAAAUAAACUUCAUUACAAAGGCACAUCAGUAUGUUACUCACCAAAUUAAACAUACAUUCAUCAUCCCACUCUGUCUUGAUGUCAGAGACACUGUUCACAUCUAGAAGAAAAUAUGUUGAGCAGGCUGGGGAGACUAGAGGCAUAAGGUUGGGAAUGAUUGGAGCAGUAGAGGAGAGCACUGUAUAGCUUUUCUUUUUCUUCACAUUGAGUAAGAUAACAAUAAGGGGAACAUAAUGUCACUGCUAAUUGUCUUUAUCCUGAAAACAGUGUAAAUAUCAUUGUUUUAUUAGCAGUACUCAUUUAAAAAACAGCUUCAUUUACUCUACAGUGACACACACACAGGACCAAAGCCCACCUCUCCACUGCUGUAGUACGUUUCAGUCAUCUCAGCUGUUGUUGUCCUGUAUGUACAAACACAUAUGUACAAAUAUCGCGUCGGUCUGAGCUCACGCACCAACUGUUUCCCUUCUGAACUCUUAAGUCACAGACUUUCUGAUGAUGUACCAUCACUGUAACGAUGUUUGGUUAGUUACUAAAACGAGAUGUUACACUGUGAAUUUUAACAUUUUUGUUUUAAGUCUUCGGAGCAAUGGACAAUUUGAUUGCUUAGACAGUCUAGAUGCAGUAUGCUCAUUUAAGAUCACAUUUUACUUUGUCUUGCCUGUUUUAUUUUAGCCAAUAGACUGCAAUGUAACAGUUUGGGACAGUGUAUUAAUUAAACAUCCAGUGUAUUGUAUCAAAAAGAACUGUACUGGCUGGUUUGUUGACCAGAAACAACAAAUGCACAGAUGUCUCUCUAAACUUCAGUUAAAUACUUUAUGUUGAACUGUACAGUGCAUUUUUAGUCAUUGAUUUAACUGUAGUAAAAGUUGUGUAAAAGUUGUCUAACUGCUGUAAAAAUACACGUAUUCAUCAACUUUUAAAAAAGUAGCUGGAAUUUGUGUUUGUUGAACAUCACUGCAACAUCACUGAAGAUGAAGAGCAAUGUGACUUUGAACCUCUGAUACCACAGACGAUGGUGGGUAAAAGGCUGGACAGCAGGAGGAAAACUUCACAACCCCAUCCACCACCAUAUCACUGGAGAAUAUACUGUAGAUUUAUAAAAGGCCCCAGUGUCAGUAAGUUUAGUCUGUGUUUAGAAGGAGCCGAGUGACUGAUUCAUACGACAAAGCUGUUGUCGUGUUUAGUUCCACCUCCACCUCCCAGCCACCUCUUUGUCGUAGCUACAGUCAUUGGUAUCUUUAUCUCUUUCUCUGUUAUUCCAAGUGUGAGUUUUUCGCGCUCUAUGUCAAUAAAAGUUUA